CCCGGCACCGCCAGGCGAGAGGAUCACGUGAGCCCCAGCUCCGAAUCUUAAGGUGCGGACAGCUCCAUCGACAGCACCUAAAGUAUGGAUUUGCUGCCUGGGCUCGGCCACAGCAUCACCAGCUUGCUCAGCAUGAUGGGACUCGAGGAGGACUGCGAAGAACAGCAGGAUGCAAACCCCGAGGCGAUCGCGCUUGUAGACGGAGGAGAUAAGAAAGAGAACCUCCAGUCUGAGCCUGACCAGGGAGCAGCAGCAGCAGAAGAAAAAACGGCAGGAGAAGGAGAAGACGAAGGAGAGGGAGAAAAAGAGGCAGGAGAGGGAGAAGACGAAGGAGCGGGAGAAAAAGAGGCAGGGGAGGGAGAAGACGAAGGAGCGGGAGAAAAGGCGGAUGAAGGAGAAAAAGUGGCAGGAAAGGGAGAGGGAGAAGACGAAGGAGGAGAAAAAGAGGGAGGAGAGGAAGAAGACGAAGGAGGAGAACAAGGGGCAAGAGGAGGAGAAGAAAACGAAGGUGGCUUCUUUGGCGCGUAUGAUUUUGAUUCUGAGGAAGACGAAAACCAGGAUGGCAGUGAUGCCAGUGAGGGCAGCGACCAGGAAUUCGGGGAGCUGGAGCAAUCCCCCGGAGCUGGAGCUGCAAAUCUUGGCCAGAGGACGCAGCCUGUCCGCCGCCCCAUGUUCUCCCCAGUGCAGCUGCGGGAGCUGGAGAACGUUUUCCAGCGCACUCAGUACCCGGACGGGUCCGCGCGAAAGGAUCUUGCAAGACGCCUGGGUGUGACUGAAAGCAGAGUGCAGGUUUGGUUUAAGAAUAGGAGAGCCAGGUGGAGAAGACACCAGAGGGCAUCAAUGUUUAGAAAUAGUCCCUCCAUGGAUCUGGGCCACCGUGUCAUGAUGGCGCCAAGUGUCGUGCCUCCUGUCAUGUUUGCCCGGGAUCAGGAUGGGCGAUACCUUCUUCUGCAGCCAAUGCCAAUGCUGCCACCCAUGAUGCCCCCACCAUAUCCUCAUGUGUACAUGCCUCCCAUGCCCAUGCUGUCUCUCCCUUUUCCUCGCGUUAGCCCUUCACGAGACACUGUCUGGUUCUUUGUCAUCAGUAGUCCUUCACUAUCCCCGUUUUUCUAAGAAAUUAUCUCUGCAACAGUUUUUCCUAAGUAUCUUUUGUGCCAGAUUAAAAAUUUUCAUACCACACCAUUAAGACCAGUUCACCAGUUACAUGCCUGUUAACAAGUGUUCAAUAAAUUUACAAUGUCACUGACCCAUUUUUAGGGCAGCUUUUUUGAAUUUUCA